CACACCUCAUUAAAACAGAAUUAAGUCACUGCAGACCGCGCCUCUCUGCGGCGGGCUGGGCUCGGCCCACGACCUGCUGCCAUUGGCUGAGGCCGGCUGACCUGGUCCCGACAUGUUUCAGUAAACAGUCAUUUCAUAACACAAUGAGGCUCCAGCCACUGCGGUCGCCAUGGACACUGUUUUCUUUACAGAAAACAAAGUGUGCAAAAUGAAAUUCUUUGGCCGUGACUUCCAGGAAGCAAACAAAGUGUGUAUUGUAUGUGUGUGUGAGCUGAGGGAGGAGGGAGCUGUGUGUGUGUGUGUGUGUGUGUGUGUGUGUGUGUGUGUGUGUGUGUGUGUGUGUGAGCGUCUAACGGAAGGUCUUCAUAAAUAACUUGACUCAGAGCUCGUCUGCUGGGACUCUCUUUAUUUAUCCUGCAGCUCUCACAGUGGACAGAGGACAGCGUCUCUGAUGACAUUAACACACAUGUUUCAGACCAAACACUCAUCCUGUCAUCUUUAUUACAGCAGCACUUAUUUCUUUUUCUCUGUUUAGAUCUGAAAAACGAAAUUUGUGAUGUUCCCCCUAAGAGCAAGAAAACAUCAUGUGAUACUCAAUAAACACCUCCUAUUCUCAAAUCUCCUUUAACUACUAAAAUACUUCUAAAAAAAAAACUACUGUUACAAUAAAGUAAAUUAAAAACAGUUACAUAAAGUUACUGUUAUAAUAAAGUUAAAAGUAUUGUUAUGGUGAAAUAAGUGGACUGACUCACUGAUCCACACGGUAGUGCAGUGGUUCACAUGGUCACCUCACAGCAAGAGGGUUCCUGGUGUGAAACCCCGGGGUGGGGAGCCUGUCUAUGUCAGCGUGGGUUUCCUCCAGGUGCUCUGACAUGUUCUCCCUGUGUCAGCGUGGGUUUUCUCUGACAUGUUCUCCCUGUGUCAGCGUGGGUUUUCUCCAGGUGCUCUGACAUGUUCUCCCUGUGUCAGCGUGAGUUUCCUCCAGGUGCUCUGACAUGUUCUCCCUGUGUCAGCGUGGGUUUCCUCCAGGUGCUCUGACAUGUUCUCCCUGUGUCAGCGUGGGUUUCCUCCAGGUGCUCUGACAUGUUCUCCCUGUGUCAGCGUGGGUUUCCUCCAGGUGCUCUGACAUGUUCUCCCUGUGUCAGUGUGGGUUUCCUCCAGGUGCUCUGACAUGUUCUCCCUGUGUCAGCGUGGGUUUCCUCCAGGUGCUCCGACAUGUUCUCCCUGUGUCAGCGUGGGGUUACUCCAGGUGCUCCGACAUGUACUCCCUGUGUCAGUGUGGGUUUCCUCCAGGUGCUCUGACAUGUUCUCCCUGUGUCAGCGUGGGUUUCCUCCAGGUGCUCUGACAUGUUCUCCCUGUGUCAGUGUGGGUUUCCUCCAGGUGCUCCGACAUGUUCUCCCUGUGUCAGUGUGGGUUUCCUCCAGGUGCUCUGACAUGUUCUCCCUGUGUCAGUGUGGGUUUCCUCCAGGUGCUCCGACAUGUUCUCCCUGUGUCAGCGUGGGGUUACUCCAGGUGCUCCGACAUGUACUCCCUGUGUCAGCGUGGGUUUCCUCCAGGUGCUCUGACAUGUUCUCCCUGUGUCAGCGUGGGUUUCCUCCAGGUGCUCUGACAUGUUCUCCCCGUGUCAGUGUGGGUUUCCUCCAGGUGCUCCGACAUGUACUCCCUGUGUCAGCGUGGGUUUCCUCCAGGUGCUCUGACAUGUUCUCCCUGUGUCAGUGUGGGUUUCCUCCAGGUGCUCUGACAUGUUCUCCCUGUGUCAGCGUGGGGUUCCUCCAGGUGCUCCGACAUGUUCUCCCUGUGUCAGCGUGGGGUUACUCCAGGUGCUCCGACAUGUACUCCCUGUGUCAGCGUGGGUUUCCUCCAGGUGCUCUGACAUGUUCUCCCUGUGUCAGCGUGGGUUUCCUCCAGGUGCUCUGACAUGUUCUCCCUGUGUCAGCGUGGGUUUUCUCUGGGUGCAGCCUUUUUACCGUGAACACCAGCUUCAUGCUAAACAGCAUGAUGUCACUUUGAGUUUACUGAUCAAUAAUCAGUUUAAUCACCACAACCGCAACAAUCUGUGUGCUGUGCAUGUGUGUGUGUCAGGUUCCUGUCUAACAGCAGAGUGAGGACU